AUGGCGAGAAAGAGGAAGCUCGUGCCUGUGGCAGGAAAGGGACCACGUUUCGGAGUUGAGCUGAGUAUUAAGACACCGUGGAGUCUUUACAAAGCCGGAUAUAGUAAAAAUAGAGAAUCUGUGUUUCUUAUACAUGGAUUUAAUGGAACUGCUCAAGACAACCAUUUAGUUUAUCUGCGAGAUGCUUACUUGUCACGGGAUUAUAAUGUGAUUACAGUUGAUUGGAAACCAUUGACGCAAUAUCCAUGCUAUUUGACAGCACUUAUAAAUACAAGAUUGGCUGCACAGUGUGCCGCACAGAUUUACUCUUUUAUCACACACCAUGGUACGCCUCGUGAAAAAAUAACGUGUGUAGGACAUUCUCUCGGUGCCCAUAUUUGUGGAAUGAUAAGUAAUCAUCUUACAAAAAAGCAGUAUAGGAUCAUUGGUUUGGAUCCAGCUCGGCCGCUAAUCGAACGAAAGAAAACUGACAGUUUUCGGCUAACAAUUGACGAUGCCACUGUUAUUCAAGUAAUUCAUACAAAUGCAGGUUUCCUGGGGCAGAGUGAAAAUACAGGACAUUUAAAUUACUGCAUAAAUGGUGGAAUGUAUCAACCAUACUGCAGAGGACAUCCAAUAAGAAGAUCAAGAUGUAGCCAUUUUAUGAGUAUUUGCUUUUUGGCAAAUGCAAUGUUCAAACACAAGAAAUUCAUAGGUAUUCCUUGUCCCAAUGGCUGUGUCAAGGUAUCUGGACCAGGAAGAUUACCAGUAACAACAAGGGAUCCUUUUAAAAUUGAAUCUCUGUUGCAGGAGUAUAAAAUGGGUAACGAUGCACCGGAUAAUGCCCGUGGAUGUUUUUGUCUCGAUGUGCCUUAUGCCAAACAUUGUCCAUUUACACAAGCUGAAUAAAUACAAAUAAAUUACAAUUUUCUUAAA